AUGGCGAGGGUCCCUCCCGUCGAGUGGGUCCCCCACGUCGAGGCCUACGUCGACGUCGCCCGCCCCGCUGCGCAACACUCUGCUAGUGUGGAUGCUCUUGCUGCCCUGGUGAACAAGGACAAGUUGACCCUCUUUGAUUUGGUAUCCAAGAUGGAUAUGUAUUUGACAACAACAGACCACAUUGUCAGAUCAAGAGGAAUACUGCUUCUGGGGGAAAUAUUAUCUCGAAUUUCAUUUAAAUGUUUAGAUGUCAAUACCAUUACAACAUUGUCAGACUUCUUUAUAUCAAGAUUGUCAGAUUGGCAAGCAAUACGAGGAGCCCUUGUUGGUUGCCUGGCUCUAUUGCACAGGAAACAAGGUGUUGGUUGUAUCGUGAUUGCUGAUGUCAAAAGACUAGUUGAGUCUUUCUUACAGAAUGUUCCAGUGCAGUCACUUGCAGCUGCUGACCGCAAGCUGUGCUUUGAAAUUCUGAGCUGCAUAUUGGAUCGGUACCCGGAAGCUGUAAAACAAAUGGAUGGUGAACAGCUGUAUGGGAUCUGUGAAGCAAUUGAUGAAGAAAAGGAUCCAGAGUGCUUGAUGCUUUCUUUUCAUGUAGUGGAAGUUGUCAUGAAGCUGUUUCCAGAUCCAUCUGGUUUGGCAGCACAGUUUGCAGGGGAUGUUUUUGAGAUUCUGAGCAAGUAUUUUCCUGUCUACUUCACACACGGAGUGGGUAAUGGUUUGGAUGCUACACGGGAAGACCUCUCUAGAGCAUUGAUGCAUGCUUUUUGUUCAACCCAAUAUUUUGAGCCUUUUGUCAUCCCUUUGCUUCUUGAUAAACUUGCUUCCUCUCUUCCAUUGGCAAAGAUUGAUUCUUUAAAAUAUUUGGACAAUUGCAUUCGCUUCUAUGGAGCUGAUAGAAUGGUUAGACAUGCAUCAGCUGUUUGGUACAAGUUGAAAGAAGUGAUUUUUAACCUUUCUUCAGAUCAAUUGUUAAUAUCAGAGGCUCUGAAUUGUUUGAAGACUGCUAUUAUGUAUACUGAUUCUUCAGAUAAAGAUCUUUUUAUUAAUUUGAUCUUGUUGGAUGAGGAUAUUGUGAACAAGAUCCGCUCUGUAUCAAGUGUGGAAAAGUCCAUAUUGAGUUCAUUAGAGGACCUGGCCCAACUGCAUGCACUUGGAAGUGUUAUUUCUAUUCUUGCUGAAUCAUCUACAUAUUUCUGUACUAGAGUUCUUCAAGAGCACUUUGCACACUUGGUAGAUAUUGUGGGAACCAAAGCUGACUAUGAAUCUCGGCAGUUGAAUAAUUGUAAUGGAUCAUCUUCUGCUCCUGUCAACUAUGGAGCACUCUAUUUAUCUGUUCAAUUGCUUUCAUCCUGUAGAGAAGUGGCUUUGCCAAUGCUCAGACAAGAAUAUGUCUCUUGUGCUGUGAAGGGCUUGCUAACACUAGCAACAUUCCCGGAACAAUGCUCGCCUCUGCCAGCAAAUGCUUAUGAGGAUAUUCUGCUUAUGUUUACGUCAAUAAUUAUAAGCAAGUUUGAAAAUGUAGAUCUGUGGAGAUUGUCAUUGAAAGCAUUGACUAGCAUUGGUUCAUCUAUUGCUGAGUUCCAUGAUUCUGAAAGGGAAGUGGUUUACUACAGAACGGUUGUUGACAAGAUUGUUUCUUUGGUUGAAUCUUAUGAUACUUCAAUGCCUCUCAGUCUAAGACUCGAAGCAAGUUAUGAAGUUGGAACUGCUGGGUUGAACUAUAUGUUAAGAGUUGCGAAAUCACUUGAAGUCGCCGUUGUCACCAAUAUUUCUGAAUCUGAGGCUAAUGGAAGAAUGGAAUGUGCUGAACAUGUGGCCCAUUUAUUUGAGUGCUACUCUAGCCGGGUCCUUCCUUGGUUAUUAACUUCUGGUGGUGUCAAUGAACUUGCAUUGAGCUUCGCUCUGCGUCUAUUGGAUGAGACUAAGGAUUUGACUGUGUUAGAUAGAAUGAGCUCACAGGGCCUCCUUGACUCACUAAUGACUGGGAUGAAGCUUUUAGUUGGAGUAUGUACAGAGGAGCAACAGUCACUUAUUGUUCAGAAAGCAUAUAGCAUAAUAUCUUCAAUGUUCUCACUCCCACUGAAAUUGAUGACAGACCGUCUUUUGGCUGUAGAUGAGUUAGUUCCUUCACAUUCUGUUCCGGAAACCGCUCUCAUCAGCAUGUUUUCGUCGAUUAUAGUAGGCCUUCGGCCUCAAACACCUGUACCAGAUAUGAUGGUGACGAUUAACCUCUUAAGUGUCUUUCUACUAAAUGGGAAAAUGCCAGCUGCUUAUGCAUUAGCUUCUAUUUUCAAUAAAUAUCUACACAAUCCAGAGUUUUCACAUGAGAAUCAGCUGGAUAAAAUACUUGAUGAUAUUCUUGAGAGGUGUUUCUUAACUGUAUUAGCCAACAGUUGCUCAAAGAUAUCCCACUCUUCUGCUGGCACUUCAGAUGAUGUUAAUUUCUCAGAUGUCUUCUCUGGAAACAAGCUUUCUAAGAUUAAUAUCUUGUCUAGCUUGGCUUGGAUUGGCAAAGGAUUACUUAUGAGAGGAGAUGAGAAGGUGAAGGACAUUUCAAUGUUUCUUCUUAAGAUUCUAUGCUCAGAUGAGAUUUUGGCUAGUAUUCCAUCCCACCAGGAAGAACCUUAUGGCGGCCAUUCAUCAGAUACUUCUCUCACAAUAUGUGUAGCUAGUGCAUUCCAUGUGAUGAUGAGUGAUUCAGAAAUGUGUCUAAAUAAAAAAUUUCAUGCAAGAAUAAAACCAUUAUACAAGCAGCGUUUCUUCUCAAUACUGAUGCCAAUCUUCCUCUCUAAAAUUAAAGAAACAACUGCAGUCACAACAAAAUUGGCACUAUACCGAGCUUUUGGGCAUAUCAUUUCCAAUGCUCCAGUACCAGCAGUUAUAACAGAAGCACACCAGAUUUUACUCGUGAUGGUUGAUAGCUUAGCUAAAUUAAGUUUUGACAUUGAGGAUAAGGAUCUGGUGUACAGUUUGUUACUUGUCUUCUCUGGAAUGUUGAUGGAUGAAAAAGGCAAAGAAUGCAUUCUGGACAAUAUCCAAAUCACAAUCAGUGUUCUUACCGAACUUGUUUCCUAUCCUCACAUGAUGGUUGUGCGGGAGACAGCAUUACAAUGUUUAGUAGCCUUUUCUACGUUACCUCACUCAAAAAUUUAUCCUAUGCGGCGUAAGGUUGUACAAGCAGCAAUCAAGGCUCUUGAUGAUAAGAAAAGGGCUGUUCGUCAAGUGGCUGUGCGAUGUCGGCAAACAUGGAUUAGUUCAUGUCUGAGGUGGGAUCUUUGGAUCAUCUGCCAAGUUCCAGAUGUUUGA